UACAUAGGUGUGUGUGUGUAUGUGAUGAGAAAGAGGCAGAGAGAAAUAAAAAAAUUAUUAUCAACUAUUUUACCCAGUAGUUAUAGUAAUAAUAAUUAUAAUUAAUAAAUAUUUUAGUUCCAAUUAAAGAAAGAUAAUAAAGAAAAAAAUAAAUUUAAUAACAAUCGAGACUUGACGAUUGAUUGUUUAUGAAAAUAUUACAUUAAACUUAUAGGUAUAUUUCAAUAAAAAUGAAUUGGAACAUGUCAAUGACAAAUGAUCAUAAUAGUUGUAUUACUACAAGUCAAAUGAGUAGUAGUCAAAGCACUUGGAGUAGUCAUACUCGUCCAAGUACUGUAACAGCUUUUGAUCAACAUCAACAUCAACAUCAACAUAAUCAAAAUGUUGUUAAUAAAAAACUUGAUAUUCUUUUGAAAGUAAUGCAAGAAACAUUGGCAGAAAAUAAUUUCAUUGAAAAGGAAAUAAUAAAUUUACUUAAAUUUCUAGAAAUUGAUACACAAUCAUUGUCAUAUGAAACAAAUACUGGCUUGGAAAAAGCUGGUGUUGUAUUAAAAAAUAAAAAUAUUAUUGAUUUUGAUGAAACUAGUCUUGUUGUUACAAUGGAAAAUGAUAAAUGUCAAGAAAUUAUUAAAACAAGAAAUGAUAGAGCAUUAAAAAAAAUAUAUGAAGAAUUGUGUAUUAAAUAUUCAAAAAUUCAAGAUAAAGUUACAAAAGUACAAGAAAAAGUACAAUAUAUUUGUGAUAUUAUUGAUAAUGAACGUGAUUUUGGUGGUGGUGGUGAUAAUAAAAAUUCAGAGUAUCAAUAUUCAGAAAUAAUUCAAAAUCAAACAAAAUUAAAUGAUUACAAGAGAAUUAUUGAUAAUUUAGAAAAAGAAUUAAUUGAUAUGAGUAUUGACAAUGAUGGUCCUGAUGCAAUAUUAAAAAAAUAUAAAUAUUGUAUGGGAGCAAGUGGUGAACUUGCUGAAUUAACAAAAUCAUUAAAUUAUUAUCAAAAUUUACCACCAGAUAUUAGACAAGCUAAAGCUGUUGUUGAACAAACUGAAAUAAAAAGACAACAAGUUAAAUAUUUACUUGAUAAAAAAAUGGGUAAAUAAUAAUGUAUAUCUUAUUUUAUCUUAUUUAUUUA